UCGCCGAUCGGCCUCACGAAGUUGAACGCAUCAAGCAUACGUUGCUUUGUUCUAGUAGUCCGUUUCAUAAGUGGUCAAGACACUUUCCUACAUGCAGGAGUUGAAACUCUCCUCUGUCAACAUUGAACGCUGGUUGGACUUUGUUUAAUAUGCGAGAAAAACUGUUUAAACAAGCAUGAGGAGUCAAAUAGCGGACGACGCGUCGCAGUGUCCUCGUUUACCCACCGGGGACUUUGCUGCAAAAUCUGCAUAUGAUUAAUUUCUUGCGAGCAAAAAGGAGCCGUCGGCUGUUCUAACUCUUUCAUGCAUUGGGGAAAUUAAAGACCCAUGGCAAAGUGGUUUAGAAAUCAGCUUAGUUUUGGCAGCAGGAAAGGACCGCCGCAGCCCCCGAAACCAGACUACACCGAGAGCGAGAUCCUACGGGCUUACCGGCUUCAGAAAGAGCUGGACUUUGAGGAUCCGUACGACCCCUUGGAGAACCGGGUGCACAGCAGGUCGGGCUCGUUGGAGGCGUUCCCCUCUUUUGGUACAGUGCUGUCCAACGGCGUGGAGGUGAAGAUCGUGUCUCCCAAACACAGACUGAUAAAAGUGGAAUCUCAGGAAUUCGGGCGUAGCAAGAUCCCAUUAAACAUUGUGACCUUCGAGGAACCGCAGGCUCCUGUGGUUCCCUCGGCUCCUGCGGUUGGUGAAUCGGAUUACUCUGACCCUUUUGACGCCCGGCCGGACCCGCGGCCCAGACCUGACUGGGAACAUGACACUGUAGAAACCUGCAGCAGUUACAUGGAGCCGUUCGAAGCCCAACGAUUUAUAAGCGAGCUGCAGCACGGCACAGACUGGGGCAGCCCGCAGCUCUACGACAGCCCGUAUGAAGAGAGAACCGGACCCCGGGGGUCCCCCGCAGAGGACGAGAGGGAGAGCCGUCUGCCCCAAGAUGAUGAGAGACCUGCAGAUGAGUACGACCAGCCCUGGGAGUGGAAGAAGGAGAACAUCUCUAAAGCCUUCGCCGUGACGUUCGAUGCGAGAGACUGGGAUCAGUCCACGCUGCCCCGCGACGAGCUGCAGUGGGCCGCAGGAGCAUCCAGAACCGGUGGACCCGCCAGCCUACGCAAACCAAACAGCCCUCACGGUAUCCUGGGCGAGAGGGUUGACCCCACACUGCCCCUGGAGAAACAGGUUUGGUACCAUGGUGCGCUGACACGCUCGGAAGCCGAAUCUCUGCUCACGCUUUGUAAAGAAUGCAGUUAUCUGGUGAGAAAGAGCCAGACGGGACGCAACGACUACUCGCUGUCUCUCAGAAGCUGUCACGGGUUCAUGCACAUGAAGUUCUCACAGUCUCGUGAUGGGAAGUUCAUCCUAGGCGAGAACAGUCCUCCGUUCGACUCCAUCUCUGAAGUCAUCCAUUACUACACCACACAAAAGCUGCCCAUCCGUGGAGCCGAGCAUCUGUCCCUGAUGUUUCCAGUGCUGGUGCAGACGCUCUGAGGACACAAACACGCUUGGUCACGCUCACACACAUUCAUACUCGCUCAGGGCUUAAUACACCGUUGUUAUUAUAUUGCUUAAUUUUCAAUUAGAUUAGUCUUGAUGAGGAUUAGUUUUGUGUUUUGAGAGUUAGAUUGAAUCUAAACUUGGUGUGAAUGAGCACACAGUCAGUCUGUAGUUGAUGCUGAAGUUGACUUAACUGAAAUUUAUCUUCAGCACUGCACUGCUGGAGUAACACUGAGAACUGCAGUAUUAUAUUCUGUCUGUCUGUUCCAAAGCUUCAACGACCAGAUUUAAAGGAACGGUUCACCCAACAAAGAAAACCAUGUCAUUUCGGAUAUGAAUUCUAGAAUGAGAAACUUUUGGCCUUUUUUUCCUGUAUUGCAUUGCGAUUUCCAACAACGCAGUGACUUCAGGUGUCAAGUUCAUAAAAGUAUAAGAAAACAUGGAAGUAAUUCCUGCCUUAUAAUGCAAUACAGACUGAAAAGUCAUUGAUAAUAUCAAAUCAUCCUAAUUUGAUGGCAAAAUGGCUAUUCAGUAUUUUUAUAUUUUUUACGGUAAUCAUUUGAAACAACACAGGAGUGAUUAAAUAUUACUAUUUGUUGUGGCGAACUGCUCAUUUGAGAUCUGAUGAAAUGUAGGCCAACCAAAGUAUUUAAAGAUUUUAUUUAUGGAAGAAUAGCGAGUAUUACAGUAUAGUGUAAAGUAGAGAUCGUUUCACUGGCUGGAAAAAGUGUUUUAGUUUUUAGUUUAGUUUGUCCGAGCAGGAACCCAGCCCUUAACAUCCCAACAUCAAAAUGAUCCGACACAUAUUACAGUAAGGAAUGUUCAGAAUGUGACUUUCCCCUCACCGGAUGGCCCUCUGUGCACAAAUCUCUGUUAAUAAAUCCAGUGCUGCAGGAACAGGAAGUGAUGCACGCCUUCUGCUCCAGACCAGUGCUUGACAGGAAGUGACAUCCCUUAGUGCAGCUGUCACAAUGCUGCCCAUCAUUCCACACUACCAGCAAGCCGUCGGGUGGUUUCUGAGGACGCUUUAGCAAUACUUGGUGAGAUGCCCACACAAAAACCAUCUCUGCUGGGUUUAGUUUAUCUCAUCUCGGGUUCAUUUAAGAAUCUAAAGCCGCGUAACAUAUCAGUCUGUUGAUGGCUGCUGUAUUUUUGUAGAAACAAUUAAGACACUAGUAUUUUCUUCUUAACACGGUAAACCUUGUGAUAUUGUGAAUACGAGGAACAGCUUUAAUAUUGACCAGCAGAAAGCCGAAAGUGUUUUUGUGGUGGGUUUAUCUGAUGGGAACACACACUGCUGUAGUUCUGCACAGGGUAUCUAGUCUUAUAGAGAUCCUAUUGUUUGUUAUGAUGACUGUCAUUGUAGUGAUUUCUUUCUAUUUGCUGUUUUACAGCUUUUUAUUUCUUUGGAAUAAAAUAUGAGUCUU